CUAAACGAAUCUAUAUUUACCGGUCACUUAUACCAUAUGAGUAAGGUGUAAUAUAUUUUAAUUUUUUGAAACAACAUCAUCAUGGAAUCUCUGGCGGCAAAUAUAACUGCAACAUGCCCGUUAUCGUUUGGUGGCACAGCUGGAGAACUUUUUUUAAAAGCAGUUACAACGGUGAUUACCGCACAUUGUGGAAUCAUGGAUGACUAUAAAUGGCCCCCAGACGAUGCUUAUGAUAUCAUCAAUAAAGGAUCUGGAAUAUCUUUUGAUUUCAUAGUCGUUGGCGCAGGAACUGCUGGAUCUUUAAUUGCCAGCAGACUUUCAAAGCAAUAUCCGUCUUGGAAUAUACUUCUGAUUGAAGCUGGUGAUGAUCCCGGAAUUGAUAGUGAGAUCCCAGCAUUUUUAUUUUUAAAUCAAAACUCAAGCAAUGACUGGUCAUAUACAACAGAGGGACGUGGGGAGAGUUGUUUGGGUUUCAAUAAUGAAAAAUGCAUUUGGAGUAAAGGAAAAGGACUCGGCGGAUCAAGUUCUAUUAAUGCGAUGAUUUAUUUAAGAGGGCACCCUAAAGACUAUAACACAUGGGAAAAGUUAGGCAACCCGGGAUGGGGAUACAAGGAAAUGUCUAAAUAUUUCGAUAAAAUAGAAAAUAUUUUUAAUAUUACUGACCCUCACUUCAGCGGAUACGAAAACCAAUGGUAUAAAAUUUUAGAUAAUGCAUGGAAAGAAUUAUCUUUUGCAAAUUAUAAUUACGAAAAUCAUGAAGCCCUAACCGGGACCAAGAAAACGAGACUGCUAACAAGAAAUGGGAAACGUAUGAACACAGCUAAAGCAUUUUUUAACCAGGCAGGAAAAAUGACUGUAAUGAAAAAUACGCAGGUAGAGAAGGUUAUAAUUAACCCAAAAACUAAACGAGCUACUGGUGUCAAAAUACACCACAAAGAUGGAACCAUCAUGGAAAUUGAUGUUAGCAAAGAGAUAUUAUUGGCAGCUGGUUCGAUUGCAACUCCACAAAUUCUUAUGCUAUCAGGAAUCGGACCUAAAGAUCACCUUAAAGUUAUGGGCAUCGAUAUCAUCUUAAAUUCACCCGUAGGAAAAAACUUACAAGAUCAUAUUAUUCUUCCAUUAUUUCUUAAAACCAAUAUAAAAAUGGAACUGCCUUCUUCUGUUAUUCAAAUGUUUUUGUUACAGUACAUGUUAACGAAAUCGGGACCAAUAUCAAACAUCGGUCUAACAGAUUACAUGGGUUUUAUAAAUACGAAAAACGUAUCAGAUUAUCCAGAUAUACAAUUUCACUACACAUAUUUCACUAAGAACGACAAUUUUGUUUUAAGGCCAUACCUAGAAGGCAUUGGUUAUAAAAGAAAAAUCAUUGAAGCCAUAGAGGCGUUGAACUACAAAAACGAUAUUCUAGGCAUUUAUCCGACAUUAUUGCAUCCUAAGGCUAGGGGUGAUAUAUUUCUUUCAGAACGUGAUUUAUCAAAACCUAUUAUAAAUGCUAAUUAUUUUCAACAUUCUGACGACAUGCUAGCAAUGAUAGAGGCUAUUGAUUUUAUUCACACACUCGAAAAAACCUCCACGUUCGAGAAAUACAAUAUAAAAUUGUUACAUAUUAAUAUUUCUGAAUGCGAUAUAUAUCCAUUUGACACUGAGAAAUAUUGGGAAUGUUAUAUAAAAUAUAUGGCGACGACGAUUUAUCAUCCCGUCGGUACUACCAAGAUGGGACCACCAGAAGAUGCGUCUGCUGUUGUAAAUUCUGAAUUAAUUGUUCAUGGAACACCAAACAUCAGAGUUGUUGACGCUAGCAUAAUGCCUAACAUACCGGGAGGUAACACUAUGGCAGCGACUUUGGCGAUCGCCGAAAAAGCAUUCGACAUUGUCAAAAAGAAAUAUGUCUUAAAAAAUGAAUUGUAAUUAUUAUACAGUUAUAUAAUCAAACACCUAUAAUUUUAUUUUAUUUAGAGAAUAUAUUUCUUGUGUGUAAAUUAAAAGCUUAUCUACAUCUUUCAAACAAAAUUUGUGUAAAUAAAGAUUUUUUAAAGUUUUAUGUAAAUAAAAAAAAGUAAAGGCAAGAGUCUGAUGAAAAUUUAAUAUCUUGAUCAUGAUAAUGAUACGUUUGUUAAGUGCUAUGGCUGUUUUUUUGGUAUUUAAAUCAUAUAAAGCAUAAGCGUUUAGUUCAUCUAAGGUUUACUAUCGAUAUUUGUAAUAUAUGUUAAGGAGAAGAUGUAACUCGUGUCUCAAUAAUUUCCUUUUCCGCAAUCAUUACAUAUUAUUUCGCAAGGAUUGAUCGUAAUAUGUUUUUAUAUAAACUUAUAUAAUUCUACCAUCUCUCGCAUUAUUGUCACUUUUGUAAUGUCAGAAUUUUUUAUUUUGUAUUUAUCCUCGGCUCCUUUAUAGCUAGCUACCUAUAAUUGACCAAAUCAUUGAAAAGUUAAAUUAUAAUUUGUAAAUGCAAUAAAAUGUCGAUACUUUAUUGUGGCCACUUUCGCUAUGAUGUGUGGCCGCAAGUGUGGCCGCAAUAAAGUAUCGUAUAAGUAAGUAAAAAUGGCCCA